AUGUCUGCUGCGCUGCCGCAAGACGGCACAUUGCUCGCUGUGAUCCGGACAAGCUGCGUACAAGCCACGCAAGAGACGCGUAUUGCAAUAAAUGACGGCGCCAUCGAUACGUUCUUACGUACGCUAAAUACGGCAACGUACGACGCGCUCAAGUCGCAGCACGGACUCGCUUUUCCGCUCCGCUUCGACACGUGGAAGGACGAAAUCAAUUUCCUCGCUGUACUCUCCCUCUUGAAUGCAUUUUCUGGCUACCGCGCCGACUUUCAUUCCGUAACAGGCAGCGGUGCUUCAGACAAUGUGCGGCGCAUGCUCCUGGGCAUGUACCUCUCCGGCAACGAUAGCCCGCCGAGUUUGAGCGCCGAGGGUCUCGCCAAGGUAUCCACGGUCCAGCUGGCGAGCGCUAUGGGCGUCCCGACACACACGGAAGAAAAGCACCCUACCCUGCCAUUUGUCACUGUCGGGACAGCGGGCGGGCCGCUGGCCGCGCCGCUGGAUCGCGCGUCGAAAAUGUGCAACGAGGCAGGCCAGUUUCUGGAACGAGAAGGCAAGCGCGAUCUGGGCACCUACUUGCUGGACGAGGCAAGCGCAGCCCUUGCACUGGGCCGCGGCGUGGAAUCGCGCAUUUUAGAAGCCAUUGCAUGCGUCCCUGGCUUUGACGACGCCACAGAAAUCGAGGGCAGGCCCGUGUACAUUAUGAAAAAAGCGCUCUACCUGCUGAAUGCUUUGCGCGAUCGUGCCGUGCAUGCGCCGGACGAUGCGCCGCAGAUCGCCAAGGAUCUCGGCGCACGCUGGGCGAACGGAUUUCCCGCGCCGCUGCCCAUGUUUGUAGACAAUGUGAUUCCCACCAUGCUGCUCCACUUCAAAAUACUCGACGUGCGCCAUGCGGCGCUGCCGACAUUGAGCGCAUCCGUGGGCGAGCACAGCAGCGCGCAAGCCACUCUUGAGCUUGGGACAGACGAGGCAUACCGGAUUCGCGCCGCUGCACUGACGGCAGGCGCCAAGAUUGUGGAGCAUGCCAGGGCCAACGCAAUCGGCAUGACGGAAGUGGAGCUUGACGGGUACUUGUGGUCCAUUGCAAAAGAAGGCGAGCUGCGCAAACUUUCACGCAUUGCAGUGCGCGAUACGGAGAUGUUUUAG